AUGGAGAGACCCAACUUGAGCAUUAGCAAUAUGAUCAAAGACAAAUGGAAGAACAAUAGUCUUGACUUCAGUUCUGAGUACUAUCAGUGUCAUGAAAUUUCAUCAUGGGCUGUAAAGAGCUAUACAUGUAGCUUUUGCAAAAGACAAUUUAAGUCUGCUCAAGCUCUUGGGGGUCAUAUGAAUGUUCAUAGAAGAGAGAGAGCUAGGUUGAGACUCUUACCCCCUACCCCUGCACCAGAACAGCAAUGUUCAAACCCUAAUCCUAAACCUAACCCUAACCCUAGCCCUAAUAAUCUGUCUUCACUAUCACCUUCUUCACCGAGUGCUUCAUCAUCAGCAAAGUUCUUAAAACCACCCUAUGAUUACAAACCGUCGCCUCAAUAUUCCUUGCACUCAUCAUAUACUACUUCUUCUGCUACUUACAAGCAUACGAAACCAACACUCCACUGCCCUCAAAACAACUAUGUUCCUAUGAAUCCUCAUCAUCAUCAUCAUCACAUCAGGGAUCAAAGGAGUAUUACUAGCUCAAGCACGAGACCUGUUCUUCAUCAGGCCCAUGAAGAUGAUGAUCACUUGCUACGUUUUGAACAAAAAGAUGACUACUUGAAGACUUUGAUGAAUACAGAAAAAAUUGUUAGGUUAGACUUGGAGUUGGGUUUGCUCAAAGGUCAUCAUCAAAAGGAGGAUGUGGAUUUGGAGCUUCGUCUUGGGUACUAG